UGUGUGUUCAUGUAAGAAGGUAUUUGUGUGUCAGGAAAUCUGAUACAGGAGAGCAGAGGGGGUCGUGAAAGAAGAGAACAGAGGGGGUCAGUUUUAUGGCUGGGUGUAUGUGUUCUUGCGAUGGAAUGUCUUUGUUUCCUGGGGUGGUAAGACAACAGAGCUGAGGGGAUAGUGUUAGGGGGUUGUUUUAUUGCAGGGAGAGUGACCUGGUUCCUGUUUUAGCAGGGGUACGUGAAAUGACUUGAGUCAAGCGGAUUAGUUUAGCGCUGUAUAAUCUAUAAGCUAUGUGUAUGAAUAUUUAUAUAACACCAUAUCAUCUGGACGAGGGAAGGGAGCAUUUGAAAGUACGAAGGAAGACCGGCUGUGUACCGAAGCUAUUGCCAUGGCUCUCCACUUACUUUGCCUUGUAUUGAUCACCUCAGUGAUUUUACAAACUGUGACAUCGAGCACCUUCAAAUCGAUUUACCUGGUGACGGUCAGCUCGGAAGUGGUAGGAGGGACCACAGAGAAACUUUGUGCUCAGGUCCAUCAAGCCACAGAGCCUCUGUCAUUGAAGGUGUCAAUGGAGAUGGAGGGUGGCAGCAGCACCAUUCUACUGGAGGCAGCCGUAACACAGGAUUUCUAUCGCUGCACCUCCUUCCAGGUACCCACAGUGAAGACUGACAGUGUGGCCACUGUACAUGUUAGCAUCAAGGGGAGGAAGGAUGAGAUGAGUAAAAAGACCAAGAUCUUGAUCAAGCCCAAAAGAUUCCUCACCAUUUUCCAGACAGACAAACCAGUCUACAAACCUGGACAGACAGUCAAGUUCCGAAUCGUCUCGCUGGAUGCUAGUUUCUUGUCAUUCAAUCAGAUGUAUGAAACAGUGGAACUUCAGGACCCCAACUCCAACCGCAUUGCUCAGUGGUUGAACCAGUCAACAGUGAGUGGAAUUCUGGACCUGUCCCACCCCAUGUCUGCAGAGGCAACGCAAGGAAGUUACAUCAUCACUGCAUGGAAUGAGAAGGGAGAACAAACCUCCCAAAACUUUGACAUCAAAGAAUAUGUGUUGCCCAAAUAUGAGGUGAAAGUCCAUCUUCCCCAAACAAUAACUAUUCUGGACAAUCAAGCAACACUGAGAGUUUGUGGAAAAUACACUUAUGGAAAACCAGUGCUGGGGUCUGUCACGAUGAAAGUUUGUAGAAAUGCCAUUCGACAUCACUGGUUAUAUGUUUCUAGUAAUAUCUGCAAGUUGUAUAUUAUGAAAACCGACAAAACUGGUUGUGCAACCCAAAUUAUUGACGUGACCCGAUUCGCUCUAAAUGAAUCAAGGUUUGAUGACUUUGAAGUGGAGACUGAGAUGGAGGAAUAUGGAACGGGAGUCAUCCUUAAAGGUAGUGGCAAGGCAAGCUUCACCAAUGUCAUCGUAACUGUUUGUUUUGAGGACGUGCCCCAAGCAUAUAAACCAGGGAUUGCAUAUGAGGGGAAGAUCAAAGUGACCGGUCCAGACUCUACUCCCAUUCCCAAUGAGCCUGUGUAUCUCUUCCUACAAAACAGUGGCACAUCUGAGGACUGGACUCUCACCACAGACAACAAGGGCAUUGCUUCUUUCUCUCUAGACACUUCUCUGUGGAGUUCUGAGUCUGUGUCUCUGUCGGCUCGUUAUCAAAAGGUUAGGGAGGAUUAUCGGUACAUGCACGGUGUGCGUAGACCAGCAUAUACAUCCGCUUACCAUUUCGCAAGGAAAUUUUAUUCCAAGAGCAAGAGCUUUGUGAAGAUAAUGCAGGGCGAUGGGAAGUUCUCCUGUGAGAAGGACGGUAUUGUUCUUGCUCGCUACAUCAUCCAGGGGGAGGAGCUGAUGAAGGGACAGAAGACCCUGAACUUUUUCUAUCUGGUUAUAUCUAGAGGCAGCAUUCAGCAGCAUGGCUGUCUUCCUGUGACUGUUAAUGAAGGAAGAGUAAACCAAGGGGAGCUGACGCUCUCGCUGCAGCGAAUGUCUAAGCUGACCCCUUUAGCCCAGGUAGUGGUGUAUACCAUGCUGCCUGAUGGGGAGGCAGUAGCAGACAGUCGAGACUUCCCCAUUCAACUCUGCCUGAAAAACAAGGUGUCCCUGAAGUUCUCGACCCUCCAGGAGUUGCCAGGGGAGAAGACCUUUCUGAGCCUCCAGGCCCACCCAGGGUCUCUUUGUUCUCUCAGGGCCAUCGACCAGAGUGUGCUGCUGCUGCAGCCUGAACAGGAGCUCAGCUUAGACUCUGUCUUCAGUCAGCUGCCUGUUCAGAAGUUGUCUGGAUAUUCAUACAAAGUGGAAGACUUUGACCCCUACCCAUGCCUACCUGAAGAGGAGAUGGAGGUGCCCCCUCCACCUGUACCUAAACAGGCCGAUGAUUUGGAAGCAACACCUGUACCUGAUAGGAAAAAACGCUCAUUCUGGUUUGGCCCCAACAACGACAAAAACGACGUUUACAACAUCUUUAAAGAAGUUGGAAUCAAGAUCCUGACCAACUCUGACGUGAAAAAACCUUUUGACUGUAACCUACACUUUUCUAUGGAUAUGGUAGAAUAUGAUGAAAUUGAUGCUCCAUUGCUAGUUGCCAACAUGAUGCCAGAGACCUCAGCCGCUGAAGCCUCUGCCGGGCCUAAGGAGACCGUCCGCACAUACUUCCCUGAGACCUGGAUCUGGGACCUGGUGCCUGUGGGAGAUACAGGAGAGGUGGAUGUUGAGAAGACUGUCCCUGACACCAUCACCAAGUGGGCUGCAGGGGCGUUCUGUACUUCCUCAGUGGGUUUUGGCCUGGCUCCCAACACUGGCCUCACUGCCUUCCAACCCUUCUUUGUGAGCUUGACGCUGCCCUACUCUGUCAUCCGGGGGGAGGUGUUCACACUCAAGGCCACAGUGUUCAACUACCUCUCCAAGUGUAUCAUGGUGAAGGUGAUUCUAGCUGAGUCGGACCAGUUCACAGCCAGGCCAUGUGAAGGCUGCCAGUACACGCUGUGUCUGUGUGCUGAAGAGAGCAGCACCUUCAAGUGGAUCCUCACCCCAACUGCUCUGGGGGAGGUGAGUGUGAAAGUGAGCGCCGAGGCAUUGAAGACUGAGGAGCUCUGCGGCAACGAGGUGGCCACGGUGCCAGAGAAAGGACGCCUUGAUACCAUUGUGCAAACACUGCUGGUAGAGGCCGAGGGAACCCAGGAGACGGUUAGCCACAACGCCCUGCUCUGCCCUGCAGAGGGCCCAGUGGAGAAGGACAUCUCUCUGAAGUUGCCUGAUGUGUUUGUGGAGGGCUCUGCCAAGGCCUCUCUCUCAGUACUAGGCGACCUGAUGGGCCGGGCCAUGAAGAACCUGGACAGCCUGUUGCAGAUGCCCUAUGGCUGUGGAGAGCAGAACAUGGUGCUGUUUGCUCCCAACAUCUACAUCCUCAACUACCUGCAGAGCACCAGGCAGCUCACCAAGGAGAUCCAGACCAGGGCCACAGGCUUCUUAGAGAGUGGCUACCAGAGAGAGCUCAACUACAAGCAUGAUGAUGGCUCCUACAGUGCCUUUGGGAAGAGUGAUGAGUCUGGAAACACCUGGCUCACCUCCUUUGUGCUGAAGUCCUUUGGUGGGGCCAAGCCCUACAUCUUUGUGGACCCCGCCCACAUUGCCCAGGCCAAGGCCUGGUUGGCCAGUCACCAGCAGAAUGAUGGCUGCAUCACAUCAGUAGGGAAACUCUUCCAUAACGGCAUGAAGGGAGGGGUCGGGGAUCAAGUGUCGCUCACUGCCUACAUUACCGCUGCACUGCUGGAGCUGGAUGGCAACACUACUGACCCCAUGGUGGAGAAGAGUCUGGUGUGUCUGAAGGCAGCAGUGUCUGACAAGCUGGACAACACCUACACCACAGCCCUGAUGUCCUACACAUUCACCCUGGCACAAAACCAGGAUAUGAGGGCCAAGCUUAUCACCCACCUGGACAAGAUUGCUGAUACCUCAGGUGGCAAUCGUCACUGGGAGAGAGCAGAGGCUUCUGGGCGGAAGACCGACUCUCUGGAGGUGGAAAUGACAUCCUACGUGCUGCUAGCGCUGCUCUCAGGCCCCUCCAUGCCAGGCUUUGGGCUGGACUACUCCACCGCCAUCGUCCGCUGGCUGGCCCAGCAGCAGAACCCCUACGGAGGUUUUGCUUCCACACAGGACACAGUGGUAGCACUGCAGGCUCUGGCCAAGUACGGUGCUGCCACCUUCAGUCCAGAGGGCGCCAGUACAGUCAGUGUGAGCUCAGCCGGAGGCCUGAAUAUGGAGUUCACUGUGAAUCAGAACAACAGGCUUCUCUAUCAGGAGGAGCAGCUGAGGGAGGUCCCUGGGGACUACAACAUCAAGGCACAGGGCAAAAGCUGUGUGUUUGUGCAGAUCGCCAUGCACUACAAUAUUCCCCCUCCUCCUGAUUUCUCUGCUUUUAACAUCUCAACAGAGACGCUGGGGAAAUGCAACGGCACCAAGAAAUCAAUGAGUGUGUCUGUGGAUGUAAGGUACAACGGUCGACGAGAGGAGACCAACAUGGUGAUCAUCAAUGUCAAACUUCUCUCCGGCUUCGUCCUGGACAAGUCCUCCCUCAGGCCUUUGAAAAAUGACCCCACUGUCAAACGAGUUGACCUAGAGGAAGGACAUGUCAUCAUCUACCUAGAUGGGCUUAUUCAGAAGGAAACUAAGACGUACAGCCUGGCCAUAGAGGAGGUUGUGCCUGUGAGGAAUCUGAAACCAGCUGUGGUAAAAGUGUAUGACUACUACCAGACAAGUGAUGAAGCUGUGAGUGAAUACAGCUCCCCAUGUGCAGAGAGUGAUGAAAUCAAUGAAGUGUGAAAGACAGAAAGCCAAUCACAAGCUGACUGGACCAUGGCUCAACCAAUUUCUUUCUUAUCAAGGAAGUCAUGUUUUUAGGUAGAGCUCAUAAAACCUCUACAGUUCAUGGUACCACAUUGACCAACUUGUGAUCCAUUUUUAACAGAAGUGAAUUUUUAAAAUGUGUUUAAUAGAUGGGCAUUAGAAUGUACUUUUAAUUAUUUUUAUUUUUUUUGUAACUUUGAUUUAUGCUAAAACGAUUAUGUGAGAUCGUUAUUUCAAAAGUAAUAUCAGUGUUUCUACUGCGACGAUGAGAAUGAAAUGUUUUAAUAAAACCAUGGCCAUGUUGCUAUGAUUUCAAACCAGA